UCUGGCCACAUCGAUUGACUUUACCUAAUUUGGUUGUUCGGUCCAGUCAGCCCCCUGCUCCCAUGGAAACUCCGCCUCACAACCCCAUCUCGCCCCCCUCCCCGCCCCCGGUCGCCGAUGGCUCCCCGGCGGCCGACGCUGGGGCGGACGGAGAGGAGCCGGCGGGGGAGUUCAGCGCGGGGCUGGAACCCCUGUGGUCGCUCCUCUUCGGCACCCCGGAGGAGCUGGAGCCCAUGUGGUCGCCGCCCAGGGGAUUCGACGUCGGCGCCGAGUUCGCCGCCGCGGCAGCGGGCCCGGAUCCCCUGGUGGACGACGGAGGAGGGCCCUGGGACGGUGCCGAGUGGAGGUCAACGGGGCUCGUCGCCGGCGAGGGCGUGUCGGCGACGACCCGGGCGCCAUCCCCGCCCACCGCGGCGCCGGGCUUCGCGGAGUUCGAGCCCCCAGCGUCAGAUUCAUCGGAAGGCGCUCCAGGGGUGAGCCCGCUUGAUCACCUUGAUGAUUAUUCACGUAUGCCGGAAUCUCCGUCUACUCCUGUUGCUGUAGACAUGCGGGAAAAGCUCGUGUUCGUCUCUGACUCCACGCCGGUGCCGGGGUCUCCUCAGUCACCAUGGGGGUCUUGCUUGGAAGCCAAUCUAGAGGAGAGUGCACCGACGUGCACGCUGAACACCAUGUCGUCGCCUCCACAACUUCCGCCGGAUGAUGACGAUUUGGUGGAGGCAGAGGAUGCUCCCAAGUAUUUCUCUCCUUCAGAGAAUAUUGCCUCAGCAAGCAUGGCUGCUGUUGAUUUGAACGCGGAGUAUGACCCCAAGGGGAAUGCCGAUGGUUGCGGUACCUCAGGUGCUACCAGUACAAAUGACACGUCCCUUUGGGGAUCACGGAGGACUGCGAAGACCAUGGCGGCAGCAAAUGCCACACCUUCAGAACCAAAAGCACGCUCAUCUAGAUCCUCCAAGCGGCGCCCUGUGGACUCAGAUCUGGGAAGAAGCAGUGAAAGGCACAACCUUUCUGUAUCCACCACUAAGCCGAUCAAAGAGACCACCACUACUGCACCAGACAUAGUUGAUAAGCUGAUCAAAGAGAUUACCAGUACUGCACCAAACACAGUUGACGAGCCCAUCAAAGAGGCCACCACUACUGCACCAGCCACAGUUGAUAAGCCGAUCAAAGGGACUACCACCACUUCAGCAGACACAGUUGAUAAGCUGAUCAAAGAGACCACCACUACUUCACCAGACACAGUUGACUUGCGCAACAGGGUGGAACAACAUAGGUCAGCAGAAAAUGUUAAGAUGCAAAGCACCUCCAGUGGCCAUGAGAACAAAGGAGGUGGUUUCAGUAAUCAGAUUGUAGUGGCUUUACCAGCCGUGAAUUAUAGGUCCGCCAAGCGCGGCGGAGUCUCUGUUCGUGCCCCAAGGAAGACUAAGACGGCUGUAAAGGCAUCAUCGUUGGAUUCAGACAGUGUACCACCUAUCUCGCCAGUGGUAAACAGUGAACCUUCAAUGCAUAAAGCAGAGUCUAAUCCUCAUGUACGACCUAGCAAGUAUGAUCUUGACCCUGAGAACUGCUUGCCAUCGGACAAAGUGGACAGUAGUGGUAUUGUACCGUGCAAUGCGGGGUUGAUGAGUGCGGAGUCGCACGUGGUCAGUGAGAUGCCCCAACAACAUGAUGGAAAAUCUUCUAAGCCUCCAAGGGCAAAGAGGGCGAGGGUAUCGACAGGUAAAUGCUCGUCAAAUUUGAAGAGGACAAAGAAAAAUGGUGGCUCAAUUUGCCAAUCGCCAACUGUCACAACGAUGCCAGAUCCGAACAACAGUUCCAAAGUCAUCAUGGAUAAGAAAUUGGUUGAUUCGGAAAUGGUGGAUAGUGUUAAUGGAUCCUGUUGUUUUGUGGGGGAGGCAGUGCCGGAGGAGGAGGCUAGACAGAGGUGGCCUCACCGCUACGAGAAGAAUCAUCACUUUGUGGAGAAGGCUAACAGCUAUACGUCUACCUUGCAUUACAGUGCUGGCAAUGCUGUCUUGGAUGUCAAAUGUCACUAUUUGCAAGCCAGCAUAUCCGGAUCUACUUUAUGCAUUGGAGAUUGUGCAUUUGUGAAAGGUCCAGAGGGAAAGCCAGAUUACAUAGGCAAGAUACUGGAGUUCUUUGAAACAGUUGCCGGUGAAUAUUACUGCAGAGUGCAGUGGUUUUUCAGAGCUGAAGACACGAUCAUGGAAGACCAAGCACAGUCUCAUGACCCAAGGAGGCUCUUUUACUCAGAUCUGAAGGAUGACAAUGCUCUAGACUGCAUUGUCUCCAAAGUGUCAAUUGUGCAAGUUUCUCCUUGUGUUGAUAACCAGUCAAAGUCAAUUCCUUCACCCCAGUAUUACUAUGACAUGAAGUACUCUCAGGACUACAGCACAUUCUCUACUUUGGAAAUGGAAGAUACACAUGCUAGAUUGCAAUCAAGUCAAGUAAGUAGUAUCAGUAUGAAAAAGGCAGACUUCAAUAAGACGCAAAAGUCUCAUGUGCCGAAUAAGAAGGAUCUCUCUUUGUUAGAUCUGUACUGUGGUUGUGGCGGAAUGUCAACUGGACUUUGUCUUGGAGCUCAUGGUGGCGGUGUGAAUCUUGUGACGAGAUGGGCUGUUGAUGAUGAUGAAGUUGCAUGUGAAAGCUUCAGAAUGAAUCAUCCAGAAACUCGGGUCCGCAACGAAACUACCGAUGAUUUCCUUGAAUUGCUGAAAGAAUGGCAAAAAUUAUGCAAACAAUAUGUGAAGGAAAGUGAAGUAAAUGACCAUGCUGAUGCUAUAACAGAAUUCAGUAAUGGGGGUCCAGAUGAUUCUGCAGUCCCUCCUGAAGAGCUUGAAGUAUGGAAGUUAGUUGAUAUUUGUUUCGGUGAUCCCAGUAAUGUCAGAAAGCGCUGCUUAUAUUUUAAGGUCCGUUGGAAGGGUUAUGGCCCUAAUGAUGACACGUGGGAGCCAAUUGAAGGAUUAGGGAACUGCAAUGAUGCAAUUAAGGAUUUUGUUAUUGAAGGUCAUAAGCGAAAGAUACUACCACUUCCUGGUGCUGUUGAUGUCGUAUGUGGUGGUCCACCAUGCCAAGGCAUUAGUGGCUACAACCGCAAUAGAGAAUUUGAUGAACCAUUUAAAUGUGAAAAAAACAAGCAGAUUAUUGUCUUUAUGGAUAUCAUGCAAUUUUUGAGGCCCAAAUACGUCUACAUGGAAAACGUCCUUGAUAUAUUGAAAUUUGCUGAUGCAACACUUGCAAAAUAUGCUCUAAGUCGCCUAAUUGGUAUGCAUUACCAAGCCAAACUAGGGAUCAUGGCUGCUGGAUGUUACGGCCUUCCACAAUUUAGGAUGCGUGUAUUUUUAUUGGGCUGUCAUCCUGAAGAGAAAUUGCCCCCAUUUCCUCUGCCUACACAUGGAGCGAUUGUGAAGAAUAAUUGCCCAUUGGCUUUUGAGCGUAAUUUGGUUGGGUGGUCUGACAGCACAUCAGUACAACUAGAGAAGCCAAUUGUCCUUGAAGACAUUCUUUCAGAUCUUCCGAAAGUGGGAAAUGCAGAAGAUCGUGAUGAAAUGCCAUAUGUAAAGGGCCCUCAAACGGAAUUCCAAAGAUACAUUCGGACAUUUAGUUCUGAAGUGCAGGGUCCCAAAUCUCAUGCCGCAAAAGCUAAGUCAAAAAAAUCUAAGCCAAAAUUGUAUGACCAUCGGCCGUUGGCACUGGGUCAUGAUAACUACUUAAGGGUUUUGCAAAUUCCCAAGAAAAAGGGAGCUAAUUUUAGAGACCUUCCGGGAGUCAUAGUUGGUCCUGACAAUGUGGCUAAACUGGAUCCAACAAAGGAAAGAGUACUUUUACCAUCUGGUCGUCCUCUGGUGCUUGAUUGUGUACUGACAUACGAGGAUGGUAGAUGCUUAAGACCUUUUGGUCGACUAUGGUGGGAUGAGGUAGUCGGAACUGUGCUGACGUGUCCAAAUAUUCGUAUGCAGGCCUUGAUACAUCCUGCGCAGGACAGACUGCUCACUGUUCGUGAAAGUGCUCGAUUGCAAGGUUUUCCUGAUAGCUACAGGUUUCGUGGAACAGUCAAAGACAGGUAUCGCCAGAUUGGAAAUGCUGUGGCCGUACCCGUUGGCCGUGCACUUGGGUAUGCCUUGGCCAUGGCCAACCUGAACAAGACUGGAAAUGAUCCCCUCAUGGAGCUACCACCCAAGUUUGCAUUCUCUCAUAUAGAAGGCACUCCUUAGUCAGACUGGCAAAACCUAACGGUUGACUUUUCCACCUGGGUUUAAGUCUCGUCAUCUCCGUUCAUUCUCCGCUAGAAAAGCUGGGUACCUCAUGGUCGUGAAUAUCAUUAGGACUCGUGAAUAUCGUUAGGGCAUGCGCAUUUUAACAUAAGUCUUGAUUCAUUUUAUUGCCAUGUUGUACCUUGUAACAUCUUAGUUUCUUAGAAGUUCCUGUAGGCAGGUGUAAGUUGCUCAGUAUGGUUUGUCCUGAGAGAACCUUGUGUUGUACUGUAAAAGAAUGUAGGUAUCAUAACUUUGUCACAUACAUUUGUUAGAAGCUCACAUGGGCAGGUGUAGGUGGCUGCAGUGGAUCUCCUCUGCCUUUGUUGUACUAUAAAGACUAUGUAUGUAUGUAUGUAUAGACAAGCUGAGUGGUCAGGGGAAUAAAAUGUACACCUUCUGA